AUGUCCACUAUCCAGAACCUCCAAUCUUUCGACCCCUUUGCUGAUGCAACUAAGGGUGACGACUUACUCCCGGCAGGGACUGAGGAUUACAUUCAUAUAAGAAUCCAGCAACGGAACGGCAGGAAGACACUGACUACUGUUCAGGGCAUUGCAGAUGAUUAUGACAAAAAGAAACUUGUGAAAGCUUUCAAAAAGAAAUUUGCCUGUAAUGGUACUGUGAUUGAACAUCCUGAAUACGGAGAGGUUAUUCAGCUUCAAGGUGACCAAAGAAAAAACAUUUGCCAGUUUCUCUUGGAGGUUGGCAUUGUCAAGGAGGAGCAACUUAAGGUUCAUGGAUUCUAAAAUGAACCUAAAUACUUGGAGAAUUUCUUGAGUAAUUUUGUUCUCUAAACCCAGUUUGGCUGCCUCGUGAAAUGAUUCUCCGCAGUAAAUGGACUUUUCAUUUAUUUAAUCAUUCAAACUUCCAUUCACAUCUGCAUGAUUACAGAAAACAUGGGGUAUGUAGGCUAGUAACACAUAAGAAAAUUUCAGUAAGAUGGUAAUGAAACCCCGUAUUCAUCUUAACAUGUUUCCAAUGG